AUGAAUCCUGAGAGAUUAUAUCAAUUGGCAAACCUGCAUCUUCGGAAUGGGCACUUGGAUGAAGCUGAGCGUGAGGUUAAGAAGUUCUUGACUGCAACACCAAACUCUGCAUCUGGCUACAGACUCCUUGGUGACAUUCUGAAGGAGAAGGGUGACAAGAAGGGAGCAUUUCUUCGGUACAAGACUUCUCUUGAAUGGGACCGUGGCCAAGAGGAUCUAUUUCAGAUUGGGGCCAGUAUCUUAAAGGAGUUGGACACCUUGCCACAGGAAGCAAGACUCUUUGCCCAAAUGGCUGAACAGUCACUUGGUAAUGCUCACAGCAUUGUGGAGGAUAUUAGACAUUGCAUCCUUGCUGAUCGAGCCAAGGUUGAUGCUGGGUCUCAAAAGAUGCUGCAAGCCUCUCUGGCUGAUCGCCUCCAUUCUGACCCCAGAAACCAUACAUUGUUGCUUGAUCUCAUCAAAUCCUACAUUGAAGGACAGAACUGGAGGAGUGCAAUCCAGCACCUGACAACUCUGUUAUGUAACUCCGAACUGAUCAAUGACUUGAAUUUAUGUGAUUCUGUGAUUGGAUUAACUAAGGUGAUUCAUGACAAUGCACCACAGAGCAUGUCAUUUGAAGUGAAGCUGGCACACCUCACUGCCCAUAAUCUUAAAGCAUGGGCCUCUUGCAUGGAGGAAAAUGUCAAUAUUCAAACCUUUAAUGCCUGCCUAAUGGAGUUGAAUCAAGUUCUCUGCUCUUCAGAAACUGAAUGGAAAGAUGGAAUGAAACUAAUUCUGCACUGCCAUUUUUUGGCUGAUUUCUGCUAUUUUCUCUCACGCCUUGCCCAGACCAAGGCCAAGAAAGGCUUGAUCCUCCUUAACAAUUCUGCUGCUGCCACCCCUUGUCUCUUAUAUCAGGCAUAUACAACAGAUCUUCCUCAGAGUGUAACUGGUUUCCCAAUCUUGGACAGUCUUAGCAGUCUGGGACACAUGCGAAUCAGUCAGGCAGGCCACUGGCUGCUAUAUCAGGGGGAAGAGGCCGAACAACUUGUACAAAAAAGCUUCAUUGAACAUGGAAACAAGCAUGGGAAGCAGCAGCUGAUGAAGAUUCUUGGUGAUUCUGUCCCAGACAUAUGUUUGAAUCGAGGGCUAGUUAUACCAGCUCAAAUCACACUUCCAACAUUGGAUGAUCUCAAAAGUCACGACAGAGUGGCAGCUGAGCUUAAUGCAUCCAAGUUGGUGUGGCAGGUGUGGUUCUUCAGAAUUCAUCCUAAUGAGUACCAGUUGCCUUCAGGACUCUUGUCCUUGCCUCGACAUGCAUUGAAAAUGGAUAAAUUCUCAGUGGAAGACAUCUCUCAAGAUGAUGUGGUUGCCUUUCUCCUAUUAGCAGCCAACUGCAUUGCAUCUUCCGAGUCACUUCAUGUCAUUCCUCUUGCUCCAACAACUGGUCUUCAGGGUGAAUGGUGGAAUGCAGUGAUGUCCAUCUGUGGAGGGAAAACAAAGGGAGCCCUGAAGGAACAGUACAAGGUUAUCAGCCAAGGCCUGGAAGUUGUUCGAACCCCUGAUUCAACAGGUCUUUCUCCACGCCUUGCCGCUGUGCUGGCUCAGCACUUUUCAAAAGUGAGUAAACUGAAGAAUGUUGAUGGAUGGUCCAAGAGAGCUACUCAUCACUGGAAGUAUGCACUGAAGGCAUUGGAAGCUUCAAUUGAGGACAAAGUCUGGCCUUCCUGGAACAAGUUCUUUGAUGAUCCAUCUAAAUGCAGUCCCAAUGAGUUGAAGAGUCUUAAAACUGAAGGAAAACUUUUCUUGGCUUCACAACUUCCACCAGAAGAAGCCUUGAAACAGUUGGCAUCCAUGAGUAGUCCGCAAGCCCUCCUGAUGAAGGCACAGCUGUAUAGACACUUUGCUCAAAAGUGCUUGAGUGAUAAGAGGGAGGAGCAGCUGUAUGCAGCAAGAGAUGCCCUACUCCAUGCUCAUGACCGUCUCCAGUCCCAGGAAGCAAAUCCCCAAUUAAGGAGUCGCAUUUCAGACCUUCUGGAAGAAAUAAUGGCUGACUUGACUAACAUGGAUGUGAGUGCAAUGACCAACGGUGAUAGUAAUUCAUCUUACUAUUCAGCCAUUGAUGUGGCCUCUCCUCGUACACCUCGAGUGGGGAAUCAUGGCUCUGCCAGUAUUAUGCAUAGCACCCCUGUGAAGACUGUCUCAAGAGACAAUCAAGAUGAAACAGUGAGAGCCAUGCCUUUAGCCUACCUGGUUUCAUCAACAGAUGGUGUACGUCGCGCUAUGAAUCGCAGUUCAGAGCGUGUUGACACCCUGGUUGUAAUGCAAGAGAAAAUAAUGAAUACACAGGAGAAGAUGAUGACUACACAGGAGAAGAUGAUGACCACCCAGGAAAAUAUGAUGGCUACACAUGAAGCAGUGAUGAAACAAGUCACACAGAUUCUACAGCAAGGUCAGGAUAUGAUGAAGGAUUUUCUAAUCACCAUGAAGGUCAUGGCUGAGGCCCAGGGUUCUGUCUCAAAGGAUAUGAAGAACUUAGUUGAAGUGCUGAAGGAAAAGGGAGACAGUGCAGUUCCUUCUGCUGAUGCAUGGAGAUCUGCCUACCCCUUUUUGAGUUCUCAAACUGCUGGAAUGGAAGACUCUUAUCGCCGUUGCCAAGAUAUGUAUUACAUGCAGCAAGCAGCAGAUGCAAGCUAUUACCCACAAGCUGCCACUGUUGGAACACUGCCCCUCAGUGAGUCACAAGUUCAAUCAGUAUUGGGUGUUCCCACACUGCCUGUUUCUACAGCAGAGUCAACUGCCACCCUCGCAUCUCUGCUGGCUGGACCCAGUUCUUCUCAGUCCAGUAGCUUACCUCUCUCUACUACAAAUAUGCAUCUAGGUGGUUCAAGUACUGUCACAACUACUGUCAGUGGUUUCCUAUCAAAUAUUCCUAAACCUCUGUAUUCCUCACUUUCUCCAGUGAUCCCCACUGCCAUGCCCAGCCUCAUGCCUGGCUUCCAGAUACCAGCUGUCAGCACUUCUCAACCUACUGAUAGUGACUUAUCUCCUCAGACACCUGGAAAGCAACGUAAUGAGUCUGUUGGAUCGACUGGUGACGAUGGAUAUGGGAUGGAGGAGUGUAAGGCUUAUUUCUCUCCAGCUAUACCAUUACCAGAGAAAGUGACUGUGGAAACAGGAGAAGAGAAGGAAGAGGUAAUCUUUGAGGAACGAGCCAGGCUUUAUCGAUUUGUUGACAAAGAAUGGAAAGAGAGAGGCACUGGGCAAUUGAAGCUGUUGGAGAAUAAAGCAACCAACAAAGUGCGCCUUGUCAUGAGGCAGGAGCAGACUCUGAAAGUCCGUGCAAAUCAUUGCAUCACACCAGAUGCCAACCUGCAACCUAUGAAGAAUAAUGACCGAGCUUACAUCUGGGCGGCACAGGACUAUGCAGAAAGUCCAGAUGGGAUCAUGGAGAAGUUCUGUGUCCGUUUCAGUGCAUCAGAGAUUGCAAAGACAUUUGAGACAGUUUUUUGUGAAUCACAGGAAAAGUGUAAGGCAUCAAUUAGUAUGACACAAGAAGACUCUAUUGAAAAUGCAGAAAUGGCCAGCUUCAACAAAGAGACAUCAACAAAUAGUCCUGUAACCACUAAAGCUAACAAUGAUGGAAAGAUCUCCUUUGGAGGAUUCACCUUUGCUGCCAAGCCUACUGUUUUCCCUGUCAAAACUGAAGAUGCAGAAAAACCUGAAAAGAAGGAAGAGAUUUUGCAGAAACCAUUUGAAGGGCUGAAGUUCUCUUCCCCUGCAGAACCAUCUUUUGGAUUUAGCAGCUUGGGAUCAAAUGUUCCUUCAUUCUCAACUUUGGCCUCUGUCGGUACACCAACUAGUUUGUUCCAGAAGGAUCCAAAUUUCAAAGGUUGGCCUGGUACAGGAACUCAGGUCUUUAAGCCUUCAAUAUCCAAGGAAGAGGAUGACUCUGUUGAUGAAAAGAAUGAAUCACAUGAGUAUGAACCAAAUGUGGAAUUUACACCAGUUAUUGAUCUGCCAAGUCUCAUUGAUGUGAAGACGGGUGAAGAAGGGCAAGAAGUUUUCUUUGAGGAGAGAGCCAAGCUCUUCCGAUAUGACAUAAAUACCAAGGAGUGGAAAGAGAGAGGAGUGGGGGUUCUCAAAAUCCUCCAUGACACAUCAAACAAUAAGUUCAGAGUGGUCAUGAGACGGGAUCAAGUCCUGAAAGUCUGUGCCAACUUUUCUAUCACUGAAACAUUAGAAUUGCAGCCAAAAAGUGACUCAGAGCAAGUUUGGGUGGUCAUUGUCCAGGACUAUUCAGAGGGAGUUCUGGAAGUUCAGAAACUGGCCAUAAAAUUCAAAAACCCUGAGAUUGCAAUGAAAUUCAAGGAUAAGUUUGAAGAAGCACAAGAUCUUCUGGAUAUAGAUGAUGACUCAGACUCCAGUGACUCAUCUGAAGCAGAACCUUCACCUCAGCUUAACACAAAGCCAUUGAAGCCAUUGCAUGAGAUGUUCAGACCUGAAGAAGGUUCAUGGGAGUGUACUGGUUGCUAUGUCAGAAAUGCUGCUGCCAACAUUCUAUGUGCUGCUUGUGAGGCACCUAGAGAAAAGAAGGACGAAACACCAAAAACUGACCAAGUCAAGUCAGCUGCACUAGAACAAGGAAAGCCAGAACUUGAGAGCACUCCAAAGUUGGAGUUCAGCUUUUCAAUGUUGAAGGACCAGCCUCUAUUCACAAUAGGAUCCUUUGGUCCUGCUUCCCAGACAGAAACAGAUGAAACACCUGCAAUAAGUCGGACUCAGUCUCCAGCUCCAUUUACAUUUGGAACCCCAAAAUUCCAGGGAGCAGCAUCAACAAUCCAAUUCACACUUCCUCAGGCACAGCCCCUAAUCUCACUGGCCAGUUCUCCUGCAUUUAAUACCUCUGGAUCCUUCACAUUCUCCUUCGAUGCAAUAAAAUCUAAGGCAUCUCCCAUUAAGUCUCCAAAAUCUCCUGAAAAAGCAGCUCCUGAUGAGGAUGACGAAGAAAAUCAGUCUGUUGAGAAUGAGAGCGAUCACAUAUUCUUCCAACCAGUCAUCUCCUUGCCUGACUUGGUAGAACUAAAGACUGGGGAGGAAAGUGAGGAGAUCCUGUUUGAGCAAAGGGCAAAGCUGUUUCGUUUUCAUAGUGGAGAAUGGAAAGAACGUGGCAUCGGACAAGUGAAAAUUCUCAGCAACCCUGACAAGGGGAAGGUGCGAAUUGUCAUGAGGCGAGAGCAGGUUCAUAAACCCUGUCUCAACCACUACCUGUUACCAGAGUUGACAUUUUCUGUGAAAGAUGAACGGUCUUGGUUAUGGGCAGCCAUGGAUUACUCUGAGAAUAUGGAAGGCUCCUUGGAGAAGUUCGUCAUCCGCUUGAAGAAUGCCGAGAUUGCACGGCUAUUCCGGGAGAAGGUGGAACUGGCCCAGAGAAGGAUGGCUGGUGAAGAAACGGGUACUAUUGCUUCUACUCACAACGGAGAAGAAGAGGGGAUUCAGAUUGUGUAUGAGGCAACACCAACUCCUGAGCAGAGGAAGAGGGCUGAAGAUUUGAAACUUCCACCAACGUUCUUCUUGUAUGAAACGAAUCCUCCUCCUCCAUGCGAUGGAUGUCGUGGCUGUGAAGAUAGGCUGGAUUCGACUCCAAAGAAAGCUGGGACCGGUGAUGCGAGUCCAGCGGCCCAAACCAGUGCAAACACAAGCAUUUUUGGAUCCCUUAACUUGGCGGGUGCUGUGUUUGGGGCAAAGAGCGGUGCAUCUUCUGCCACUCCAGUGUUUGGGUCCAAGGCCUCAUUCGGAACGGGAGACAGUGGCGGUAUAUUUGGAUCCAAGCCUUUGCAGGCGAGUACUCACACAUUUGGUUCAACAACACCAUCAAUAUCAUUCAAAAUGCCAACACCAUCCUGUGAUGCAAACACCAGCACGCCGACCAUGUUUGGCAAAGCAGAUGAUUCAUUGCCAACAUUUGCAGCUCUUUCGAACAGCCAACCUCAAUCAUUCCAGUCUCUUGGUGCAGGCACUUCCCCGUUUGGCAGUGUCUCUAAAUCCUCAGCAGGAGAUUCUGGGUGUGGCCCUGAAGGUAUCACCAAGCCUUCCAUAUUGUUCAAAAUGCCUUCAUCAUUGGACUCUCCGAGCUUUUUGAAAGCAGGCGACUCACUACCAUCAUUUUCAGCCCUAGCGAAUGCCAGCAGCUCAGACCAGCCAAGUUUCUUGGAGAACCAACCUUCAAAAUCGUUUCAGUUCCCCGGUGCAGGGAAGCCCAUAUUCGGGAGCGGUUCAAAAGCCAAAAGCAAAGACACCGAGGACGACCACGCCGAAGCAGAGGACCACGACGACCACGACCCUCAUUACGAACCUAUAGUCCCCCUCCCGGAACUGGUGCAGGUCCGCACCGGAGAGGAGGACGAAGAAGUGCUCUUCAGCGAGAGGUCCAAGUUGUUUCGGUACGACUCCGACACGAAGCAGUGGAAAGAAAGGGGGAUCGGUCUGAUGAAGAUCCUCAAGAACUCUGCGGCCAACACCAUUCGCCUCCUCUUCCGCCGGGAACAAGUCCACAAACUAGCCUGCAAUCAUUACCUGAAGCCAGACAUGGAGCUCAUGCCACUAUCGUCGAGCAACACCUCUUGGAUGUGGACCUGCAUUGAUUUUGCGGAAGGAGAGGCCAAGCCAGAGAAGCUUGCCGUGAAGUUCAAGUCGGAAGCUCUCGCCAAAGACUUCAAACAGAAAUGGGAAGCAUGCCAACAGGAGAUCGCCGAGGCGGAACUAAGAAACGGACAGGACCAAGAAGAGUCCCAAGAAGACGAAGUCGACGAGGACGAAGACGCCGUCGACGAAGAGGAAGAAGAAAUCAAGUUCCAGGUCGAGAAGGUGUUCGAGAAGAAGGACGGAACCUGGCACCAGCUGCCCUCCCCCUGCACCCUCUCCAUCUACUACGACAUCGGCGCCUACACGUGGCACAUCAUGAUGGAGGACGGGGAGGAGCACCACGCGAACCAAGUCGUCACGAUCCAGACGACGUUCUUCAACAGCGGGCCCGAGGUCGAGUGGACCGCCUGCGACUCCCUUCAGAAUCCGCCAUAUCGCAGGACCUUCAAGGCGGUGUUCAGCAGCGUCUCCGAGAGCCUUCAGUUUGCGGAGACCCUCGGUGAGGCCCUCGAUACUGCACAGGAAUUAGAGACUGUCGAUGAUGUUCAAACCGAGCCCUGA